GAAGCGUAGCUCCGGUCAGUCAUCUCUAGGUAAGGCGGCCAGCCGGACGCCCUAUUAUAGUUUGUACUUCAUAAAAUUGUCUGUGAUAUUUUGUGCCAGCCAGAGUAACUGAUAACCAUGAAGUUAAAGUCAGAACUCCUGGAGCAGCCAGCCGGCGAGAUGUGGAAGAAGAUCAGGGAAGAGCUGAAGGAAGAUUUGGAGACUUGUGACAGGGACGCGGCCCUCAUCAGGGAUUGGCUGAAGAAGCAGCCGCACUUGCCUGAUGACUGGGAUUACCAAUGCCUGCUCAAUUUUCUUCGCGGUAGCAGCUACUCGCUAGAGAAGUGCAAACGAAAGCUGGAUAUGUACUUCACUAUGAGAGCUGCUUGUCCUGAAUUCUUCACUGAGCGGGACAUCACUAAGCCAGCCCUAAAGGACGUAUUCAUGACCAAAAUACAAGGUCCGCCUCUGCCCGGGAUCACUCCGAAUGGAAGAAGAGUCACAGUAAUCAGAGGCACCCAUCCCAAUCUCGAUUCAAAGCAGAUCACCGACGUGUUGAAACUGGCGCUGAUGAUCGGUGACGUCCGACUCACGGAAGAGAAGGUUGGGGUUGCUGGAGACGUGUACAUCUUAGACGCCACGGUCCUGGGACCUAGUCUCUUAGCUAAGCUGUCUCCUAGCGUCAUUAAGAAGUUCUUGAUUUGUGUCCAGGAAGCCUAUCCAGUUAAACUGAAAGAAGUCCACAUCAUCAACACAUCGUCAAUCGUUGAACGCUUUGUCAACUUUAUCAAACCUUUCCUCAAAGAGAAAAUCAGGAAAAGAAUAUACGUUCACAAAGGCAUGAAAGAGCUGAGCAAACACAUCCCUCUGGAGAUGCUGCCAGCUGAGUACGGCGGCAAAAGCCCUAGCAUUGACGUUCUACAUGAACAAUGGCGACUGAAGUUAGAAGAGUAUCGCGACUGGUUCGCUGCGCAAGAGUCAGUGAAAGCCAACGAGGCGCUCCGGCCGGGUCGGCCGACCAACUACGAUGAACUCUUCGGCAUCGAUGGCUCCUUCAGACAGUUGUCUAUCGAUUAAGCUUAACCAGACCGCUUAGCAUGACUUGCAUUGUCGCGCGCGACUCCAUGUGACUAGCUUGACUUCAAGUAUGGAGUCGCGCGUGACAGAGCAUGUCAUGCUAAACGGUCAGUUGUCCCUUAUUUCAUUAAUUUGUUCAUCUCGCCGAACAACAAGCACUACAUCCAAUUUUCUUCAAAAAGUCCAAAACCUUAAUAUUAUGAAAUUAAAGUUGUUUAAGACUUAUUUGUUCGAAAAUAGUCGCAUUAAUAUUUCAGACCUUUAAUAUAACAUUAAACUCUGAACUGUACUAGCUAAGAUCCGUCUGCCCACAUCGGAAAUUGAUGUAAUAGCUAAUAUAAGAAAAAAUUGUUAUUUGUGCAACAAGAGAGGAAAGUUGGUUUUUCUUGCGAGUGUUUAUUUUGAGUCCCGAGAAAGCGAAUGAUUCUAAGUUAGAAUCUUUAGCGUAGCGUGGGACUCAAAAAAACGAGAUGUAAAAUAACUUUGCUCUCGUGUUGCACAUACAAUUUUUCACCUCAGUAGUGAGAACAUAUUAAAGGUUAAAAUGUAUUUCGAAUUACAUAGAAUAAUACAGAAAAAAAAACGAAUUUGUAAUAGAAGUAUGAAGUGGCAGUUCAUGGCCUUCACUAAAUUAAAAAGCUACUUUGUUUGUUGUUGUGUGUGUUUGUUGUUUGUUUGUUUGUUAGCUGCUGAGGUGAAAAUUUUAUUGCAAAUUGUCACUAAUUUGUCUGAAACGUUACUUUUUAAGAAACAAAUAUACAGUGUGAAAAAGAAUGAUGGGCCCUGGAGGGAAAGUGCCUUAACCCUUAGAUGGUCACCCUACGUAAGCACGGCUUUUUAAAGUAAAACUAUGAGUUUUACGUCGUUUUAGGAGCGUAUAUAUGUGAUAUUAUACUUGGAAAGAACAAUACUUUGGUGGAGUUAUUGUAUUUAGCAGCAUUUCAUUAUUAGGCUACAUAUCUGAUAAGAUAAAUGAUUGACAUAGGGUCAUGAAAACAAAAUCACAUAUUAUUAUUCUUAUAAUUUAAUUAGUCCUUUAAAUUCAAAAUCACAAAUGGGGAAUCUAGAAUAACAAAAUUAAUU